GGUGUUAUCGGCCAAUGUCAACCUGGAUAACGAGCGGCGGCCAACUUUUCAGUGUGCCAAACGCCGAGCAGACGGACGAGCAGCGCCAGCGCGACCGCCACUGCCACCAGUUGCUGCGGACCAAUCCAAGUCACAACCAAUCCGCUCCGAUCCGAUCCCAGCCAACGAGUGCCAGCUGUGCGCCCCAGCUGCAGCUACACGUGUCCCCAGGGUGAAAGCGCUAUCCAAGAUGCGGACGCACGGACUACGGUUGGUGCUCUUGGCCCUGCUGCCCACGAUGGCCCUGGGCCUGCUAGAGGGCCUGUACUGUGGCAAGGAAAACUGUUACGACGUGCUGGGCGUCACCAGAGAGUCGUCCAAGUCGGAGAUCGGCAAAGCAUACCGCCAGCUGGCGAGGCGCUAUCAUCCAGAUCUGCAUCGGGGUGCCGAGGCCAAGGCGGCGGCGGAGACGCAGUUUAAGCUGGUGGCCACCGCCUACGAGAUCCUGCGCGAUGAGGAGUCGCGCACGGACUACGAUUACAUGCUGGACAACCCGGAUGCAUACUAUGCGCAUUACUAUCGCUACUACCGGCGACGCGUGGCGCCCAAGGUGGAUGUGCGCGUGGUUAUCGUGGUCGUCCUAACCAUUGUGUCCGUCAUCCAGUACUAUUCCGGCUGGCAGCGCUACGAUUCUGCCAUCAAGUACUUUGCCACGGUGCCCAAGUAUAGGAACCAGGCCCUGGAAAUAGCUCGCGACGAGAUCCAGGAAAAGAUCCAGAAGAAGGGCAAGAAUCGUAUGUCCAAGAACGAUCAGCGCGAUGAGCUGGAACGGAUCAUCCGGCGGGUGAUCGAGGAGAAGAUGGACGUUAAGGGCGGCUAUGCGAAGCCGACACUCUGGGAUGUGCUGUGGGUGCAGCUGAUCAUCUGCCCCUACACGAUACUCUCGUUCAUCGUGUGGCACGCUCAGUGGUUCUGGCGCUACACGGUAAUGAAGCAGCCGUAUGGCCGCGAGCAGAAGCUCUACCUCAUCCGCCGGCACCUGGGCAUGGGCCAGCAUCAGUUCGAGGCGCAGGAGGACAAGCUGAUCGAGGAGUACCUGCAUCUGAAGCUGUGGAAGCGCGAGAACUUCGUCGCCUGGAAGGCAGAACAGGAAGAGGAGAUGAAAAAGAAGCUGGCGGAGAAUCCACGAUACAAGGCGUACAGGCGAUACAUGAAGAACCACGGACCCGGCCGCAUCACCUUUGAGGAUUAGCCGCUGCUCUGCGAUGUUCAAGUUUCAUUGUUCCAUCUAAAAGUCUGUUGUGUGCGUGUUGUAAAACCGAUCCCAAAUUCCUCGCCCUCGGCAUCCCCAUACCGUCUAAAUUUUGAUACAUUUAUAUAUAUAUAUUUAGAAAUUUUUUGUACACCAACUAUAUCAAUAUGAAUUAUGUUAAUGUCCCGGUGUUGUCCGCCAAAGGGCGAAACGUUGACCCCGCCGGAGCGAUCCGCCAAAACCGGUUCAAGAACGUGGCCACGUUCGGUACGCGUCGGCACAGUGUCCACUGGCUGCCGUGAACGAACCAUCCUAGAACAAUUAUACCCCUACCUGGCUGGUCACAAAAAAAGCACGCCACAUUCGCGUGUUUCCUAACUAACUUGACUAAACCGAUUACUGUAAUAAACUAGAUAAAAUUC